AAUGCACAAUGCACAACCAACAAAAAAACAUCUGCUUCUGUAAACACUCAAUCGAAAAUCGCUCAAACACAUUUUCGCGCUAAUUUCUGCAUCGAAAAGCCUAAAUGGAUAGACUUUUUAGAUGGUUGAAUCGAUAAGAGAUAUCGUAAACUGUACAAAUUAACCGUAAACAUGGGGAAAUAUAAGAAACUGCUUUUCAUUUGCAUUAAUUUUUUUAAAAAAUUCUCAUUAACAUUCAUUCACUUUCGAGCGGCAAUGAAUAUCCCAUGCUCGCUAGUUGCUUCGCCUAUAAUGUUGGUGGUACUGUGGUUAAUACGGAGCGAUUUUGACAUUUCAAGCAGCUCCACAACACAAGUGACAUUUCACUUGUCAAAUGUGAAUUACAUGGCAUUAGUUUUUUAUCAAAACAAAGAGUUCGUAUUUUCACUUGAGAAAAAAAUUGAGAAAAAUUUUCAAAUUAAACAAAAACCAUCGAUCGAUGUGAACUUUUGUUGUUCUGCGCCAAAACAGCAACGGGUUUUGUGUGUGUUGCAGCUAAAAUUCCAGGGAAAUAAAUGCACGAUUCUGUGCAAUUUGGAUUUUUUUCAUAGCAAUUCAGUGAGAUUACGAUGAGAACAUGAUUAAUCGACCGCGAUGUCGGGAUUGGAGUCCAAUUGCAACACAGCAGCUGCGUUUGCGGAACCUAAUCCAAAUCACGGGUCAUAACAUCGAUGCUGAGCCAAACACUUCGAUUUAUUUCACAUUGCAUUUGACAUUGAUGAGUAGCCCAUUUUUCACCAGUGAACCACUUGAAUCAUUUCGAAAUGCAAUUUGGGCGGAAAUCAAUUGCCAAAGUAUUCACAAAUCAACGUCACAAUUUGUGGUGGUUCGUGUGUGGCAAACGAAUCGUGCACGAAAUGCCGAACACAGCGAUACAAAACAUUUACGACGACUAUCAUCGAGUGGUACUGUGAUACUUCAAGAUUCGCAUCAUGGCUGGAACCAUUUUGAACCAAUUGACGAACACCAUUCGAACGAUAUUAGCAAUGGCAAAGACAAGGUUUUGUUUGUAUGGGGCGUAUAUUUUUCCGGUUUGGUGCCGAUAACAAAGCGUUCAGAGGUUAAACUAAUGGAUAAUGCGCUAAUUUUUUACAUUCACGGCGGUUUUUUCACAUCGGUCGAUUAUUUGCUAGCCGAAAGUGUUCCCAAGCAAUAUAACCAUUUUUACGAAACAACAUCACGGAAUCAGCGACAACUGCAACAGCCACCGAAAUCGACACAAUUCACACACAAAGGAUUGCUAACGAAAAAUACUACUAACAAUGUAAUUGCUACCAAAGGUACGACUGUCCACACAAUUAACACCGCCAAAAACUGUGAUAGCUUGAAUGCAAGUCGAAAUUAUUUAAAUGAGCUUGAUGUCGGUGGCGGUGUUGACCGUAAGGCGAUGGCCAAUUCACCAAAACGACAUGACAAUGAGUAUGUCAGUGGCAGAUUAUCACCGUCAUGCGAUGCUAUCGCCAAUUUGCCGCAUCACAAGCAAAAUCAUUCAAAUCAGGACGCCCAGGAUCAGAGUGCCGAUGAAGAGUAUACAUUUAGCGAUCCGACCAUUUUGAAGGUUCGAUUUUUGGACAAGGAAUUCUUCAAAUGGGAAAUUCGACGCAGUUAUAACGUGCAAAAGUUGCUGAUGCUGCAGGAGAAGCAACGCAUUUACCGAAGAAUGACACAGAGUGCCAACGAAGUGAUGGAAAAGAUAUGCAUGAAAAGUGCAUCGUGUUUGAAUUUACAGCUUAUUGCUAACAAAGGAAUGCUCUAUCGGCCCAGAGGUAAUCCAUCGAUUGGCCGAACGUUGAACCGUUUGUUGACGGCACAGAAAGAGCAACCCAAGCCCGAAGAUUUGCUACGGGCACAAGAACUGCGACGCAAAAUUGAAACCGCCAAAUUUCGAUGCCGAUUUCUCAAUAUGGAACGCGAUCGAUACAAAGUGAUACUGCGAAAAUUGCACGACAAAUGCACCAAACUCAAUGACGAAAACAUUGAAAAGGAAUCGUGGCUCAUGGAUGACUAUCGUCAGCUGAGCCGUGAUUCGACAUUCGAACAAAAAUCACUGCAUUCGAGCCGACAGAAAAUAUUUGAAAAGGUUAAAGAAUCGCUGAUACAACGACAACAUCAACUGCUCGGCCAAUUGCGUGAUAUCUAUGUGAUUAAAGAACAUGAUCGAAGUGGAAUUUAUGAGAUUAACGGCAUUUGCCUACCCAACACAGACGCACUUCGCAUGUAUUACAGCUCGAAUCCGCCCGGCACAAACAAUGCAGCCCUAAGUCUUUCCGUUGCCAUUUGCUACGUUGCACAUGUCGCCUUGCUAUGCUCAUCUGUUUUAAACGUUCCAUUGAGGAAUAAAAUCAUCUACCAAGGAAGUGCAUCGAAAAUUCGUGAUGAUAUCAAAAUGCUUUCCGAACAUGAUCGAGAAUUUCCCCUGUAUUGUCGCAACAUUCCUCCAAGUGAUUCGCUGCUGUACGCAGCAUUUUUACUUAAUCAAAAUAUAUCACAAAUAAAAUUCAUGUUAAACAUACACGUGUCACGUGAAGACUUACGGGCAACACUUCCAAAUCUUUUGGCAAUAUUAUCGGUUGGUGAUCAGACAACGGAGAGAUUUUAUGCGAUUCAAGAAUCGGCCAGUGCAUCAUUCCUGGCAAUUGAUGCACAUGAUGCGCCAAUGUCAUCCAUUUCGGAAACGUCCAUCGAUAUGAUGCUAUCAGUUCCAGCCAAUGUGAAGGUGUAUUCGACGAGUGAAGAAAAUAUCAAUUUGCCAAGGCAGAACAUUGGUUCGUGUCGAACGCGAGGAACGAGUUUUUCGGACGAUCAUCUGGUGAAACGUCAUGACGAGAAAGUGGAUCGAACAGCAGCGUCCAAUGCAACAAGCCCCCGCAAGACUUUUAGCUCAGAGCCAAUUUUACCAACUGGACACAUUUCAUAGACAGACAGACACACCAAACGAAAGAAGAAGAAAAUUGAAUUUAGUUAAAAGUUUUUACAAUAUUUUUGUUCUACCUUCUACCCUCCUCCAUCCUCUCUACUUGUGCUUGGUAUUAAUUCUUAUUAUGUUGACUUUGUCUUGAGUUGAUUGUUAUGUGUAUUUGAAAUGUAUUUAAUAUGUACGAGCGCUAUUUCAAUUAUUAUUAAAACUGGUACAAAAGAGAAAAAUAAAACCAAAACAUCAUAAUGACAAAAAGUAUAUAGCAAUUGAAAUAAAAGUCAAUUUUUUUUAACCACA